UUUCAAAUUUUUCUUCCUUCUAGCAGUACUUAAAACCCUUGUAUCAGCAACGAGAAUAUCGAUCAUCGAUGCUAGAAAUUGUGUAUAUGAAAACUAUAACUCAGUAAACUUUUGACAUAAAUUCUGGAGGUUUUUUUCAAUAUCAGUGAAAACCUUUAAUCACUAAAAACAUAGCUUCAGCCUUCAACUAUUCAUAGCUAUUUCCUCGUUAAUUUUCUGAUUCCUCAGAGCGAGAUCUAUAGCAAUACCUUCCUUGACGCCAUCUUGAUUUUUCGAGUUGACGAUUACUCAUUAGAUGGUCGCACCACGUAGGCUAAUUCCUACCCAAAUAUCUCACGUCCACAAGAUCCUGAACCGUUUUGUUUCUUCAUGACUAAGCUUAAGCCGGGACACACACGUUGAUGUAAGCCCCAUGCACACUUGGAAAAGCCAAGAGCUGCCCCCACCACCAUUAGUGCUGCCUGACUCAAAAGCUACCCCUUUAAAACUUGCCAAUUACCAAAUUGCCACUAUGUGGACCAGCCAAAUCGCUUUCGGUUUGCCCUUAAAUACCGCCAUCCACCCUCUCGUUCCUUCCCUUUUCCCCUCCUAACCUCUCUCAACCCCUAUAAACGGUUUCCGGCGAUGAUGUCAACAUUUCCGACCGUUUUUUCCUCUGAUUCUUUCUUCGGAAACCCAUUUCCAUCUUUCGAAGGCGGUUUCACUCCUUGGGAUUCCCAUGACCCGGCGUUUCUCUUUCCACCUCAAGAAGACGAGCCGGUCCUUGUUAGCCUACAACCACCCCAAGAACCAGUCAAUUCCAAUUCUAACAAACCAUCCCCCCUCACUCCAAAUUCAUGUUCCGAUGAACCGAACCGGAAAAGCUCUGAAACCGUGAGAUCCGGUUCAGAGGAGACUAGCCGUUUAGGUGCACGAGCAAUCAUGGAUGAGAGAAAGCGUAGACGCAAGUUAUCGAACCGGGAGUCGGCACGGCGGUCCCGAAUGCGUAAACAGAAACAUUUGGAGAACUUGAGGAACCUCGAGAACCGGUUUAAAAUUCGGAACCGGGAACUAACGAAUCGAGUGGGUUUGAUGAUACGUCAGAACCAAUUCGUCCGGCUAAAAAAUGAUAGCCUUCGAUCGGAAGAGAUCAUGCUUCGGCAGAGACUUUGGGAUAUACGUCAAGUAUUGGUCGUCCGGCAACUUCAGCAGCAUUUAAAUCCCUCUGCAUGGCCAUGCAAUAACAUUACGUCCAUCAAUGCGGAACAAACUCUACACCAGUCAUUAAUUACGUAAUGUUUAUAUAAUAGUAAAAAUAAAUAAGGCCGUUUUUGCCAAACGUGCAUGCUUGCAUGAGCCCUAGGAAAAUCUUUCUUGUUAGUGUCCGUGUAAAUUAAAUCUGGGAAGAAACUAGUGAUGAUUUUUGGAACUGGUUGUAGUUUAGAAAAAAUGGGUUGUUUGUUUUCUUUCUUCUUCUUCUUCUUCUUCUUCCUUUUUUUUUUUUCUUCAGUGACGUAGAGAGUUUAUUGAUGUAUGGCUUUAUAUAAUGGAAUUUACUAUUUGUACA